GGUGCUAGAAUUCAGUUAAAUUUGAACAGACAGAUAUCAAGCCCGAAAUGGCCAGCUCGGCUACACCGGUCAAUGCCGUCGAUCUGCUGCAGCAGGCGCUUCAGUCGAACAUUAUCCCCAACCAGGAGUUUCUACUGCAGGGCUCGAUUUUGGACUCGGCGGCGGAGCAUUUGUUGCAUCGAUUGCGAGGGCUUUGUGAUAAUGUCGACACACCUCCGGAAACCUUUACCGAUUACGAAAUGUGCUUCAGUCUGAAGCUGCCCAAUGAGAAGGCUCCCGUAAUGACACUACGCGUACGCAGAGCUCAAGAUACGGAAGCUCCCUUUCAACUACGUUACAUUGGCCAGCCGGAACUGGGAGAUCGUACUCGGCCUACCCUGGUGCGCAGUAGUCUGGACAUCGCGUGCACACCGCACGUGGUUGAAUUUCUCACAGAAAUGGGUUUCCGAAUGGAUUUCGAAUACAUCACACGAGGAUAUAUGUUCCGCAAGGGCCGCAUGAAGGUAACCGUGUCCAAGAUUGUUAAGGUCAACACUUCGGAACCGAUAUCGCAAAGUUACCUGGUUGAGCUUUCCGUGCUGGCACCCACCGGUCAGGAUGCAAUCGCAGAGGAUAUGCGUAUUUUCGCGGAACAACUCAAACCGCUGGUCCAACUGGAGAAGAUCGACUACAAACGAUUCGCCCAAAUGCCCUAGUAAGUAAGAGUAUUAUUUUUAAUGAACCUAACAGGUAAGGUUUGAAGGACAAACAAAAAAAGAAACUAGAACA